AUAAGCAGUUAGUUGAAAGCCAAAGAUCAUCAUUAGCAUUAUAGCUAUAUUGUAUACAGUGUUCUAUCGAGUCUUAAGAUGAAACCGAUCUUAGUUCUUGCAAUCUUCUCGGUAUUCGCUCAGGUGAUAAACGGUGAAGAGGCCACUUUCGGAGUGACUGACGCUGCCUAUCGCACCGCAGUUGUGAACGCAGCUGAUGCAAAAGCUGCACGUUUACGCAACGAAACAACAGCUUCUCUCACUCACCGAGAGCUUAUGCGUCGCGUGAAGUUAUUUGCUGGCGUCGUGCUUGCGCCUGACAGCGCUUUGGCCGGUGAUGAGGAUACAGCGGUUGUCGCCGGGCAGCUCGUUGCGCAACUGGCUAAGCUGCAGGUUGGUUCAGGGCUCUUCAUGGGCGGUGACAACGUGGAGUCAGCACCCGACUCGGCCUUCACAAUCAACGAUGUUGCCGACACGCUAGAGCUGAUACGAUGUAAGGACAGCGAUCGUGUUCUCGCAGAUAUUGCAUCUGCCCUCGACGGAAUCGUCCGUCGGGCCAUCCCAGCCAUGCUCGCUGGUGGGGUGCAUACACCAAACCACCGUUGGGAGCUUGCGGCGGCCCUCGCGCGCAUCCAUCGCUACCGUCCAGAUAAGCGUCUUAAGCGGCGGGCCGAAGAGUGGCUGGCUGAGGGCAUUGACAUCCAAGAUGAUGGAAUGUACUCGGAGCGUAGCGCCAACUACGCCGCAUACGUGUCGAACCCAUCGCUCACGGCGGUGGCCGAUAUUCUCGGACGCGAAGACCUGCGAGCGAUCGUUUCGCAAAAUCUGCAAGCCUUCAUCGGGCUCAUCCGCCCCGACGGAACCGUUGAGACAGUGCACUCGCGCCGGCAAGAUCAGAUGGACUCGUACUUUUCUAUCGCUCCAUUCAUCACGCUCUACCGUCGGUUUGCCAUCGAAAUGGGCAGUGGUGUUCUCGCCUGGGGUGCUGAACGAGCCCUCGCAGGUGGUAUCGUGGACCCAGAAACUGUUCUCUUUGAGCUGCUCAUGAAUCCGCAGAUUGGUUGGGUGCUCCCUCCCUCUGUUGCCCCGAUCUUUGGACGACAGCGAUGGAACAACAGCGGUCUACUCGUAGAUGCAAACGCUCGCCGCACCCUCGUCAUCUUUGGAGGCUCGGACUACCCCAGGUUCCGGCGCAUUCGUUCAGGGCUGUCAAACAACCCCACCUUCCUCCAACUUUCCGCCGGGCGUGUCAAACUUGUCUCGGCACGGCUAUCUCGGGAUUUCUUUGGCCUAGGGCCGUUCCGCGCCGAUCGGCUAGACGUGCAUGACGACGUGAUCACGCUGACUGAGCACGUUGCGGGCAUGUACUACCUACCCCUCGAACAGGAGCACCGGCGGAAGGACGGUAUCUACGCACUUGAGGAUGAAGGGCGCUUCGCCGCUGCGAUGGCGUUUAGCAAACGUAGCACAGAGGUAGUCGGCCUCGACACACGCGUUGACGUCGUUCUCGCUGAGGACGGCGUCGAGAUAGUCAUCUCCACCAAGGGGCCUCGUCUAACGUGGUCGCUCGAACUUGCAUUCCAGCCGGGUGGACGCUUCGAAGGCCUCGUGCCCAUUAACGGUGGUGUGCACCAGUUGCUCUCUGGCUACGGCCGCUACGUGGUUGGCGAUGAUGCGAUCGAGUUCGGCCCCGGCAAUGCAGAUGCUCCCAAAGGCUUCUAUCACCCCGGCGAGGACUAUACCUAUCUCGGUGGAAGCGACGCCGUCGAUGGGCCGCGCGUGUACCUCAUGGGCAGGUCGCCUGGUACGUCACGUUUCACGCUACGUGCGGUGCGUAUGGCAGCAUAAGCAUGGGAUGAAUACGGAUAGAGUUAGCCUAAGAUCUAUGUCGAACCACGAACCCACCAUUCACGCAUUCACAUCAGAAAAAACUUUGAAUACAUGCAUCAUGCCAUAAUAUUGAAUUUAGUAUCUGGUUUCUGUUUGCUUUUUAGAAUAAACUUUUAACGCUCAGAACAUAUGUGUGUCCAUUAAAAUUAGUUUGUUCAUAAAGAUCAAAUAAACAUACAGGAGAAAUUGA